AUGUCACGUCAACUUUUCACGGAAGACGAAAAUAAUAUUCGAUUUACAGUGUUUUCCACGAUUAUAAUUGAAAAUAUAAUUAUUAUCCCAAGUGCUAAGAUUCAGAGAUGAACUCUGCAACCCCAGGUGUGCCGCAGGUCCCGCUGCUGGAUGAUGACACACUCGCGUUUGGGGAAGAGGACAAUGCGGGGAAACAGUUCAUCCACCCGUACAUCGUGUUCUUCCACCUGGUGUUCCGCUGCUCCGCCAUCGUGGUGUACAUCCUCUGCGGAUGGUUCUCAGACUCCUUCAUAGCGUCCUUCGUGCUGGUUAUCCUGCUGCUCUCCGCUGACUUCUGGAGCGUCAAGAAUAUCACUGGCCGUCUUCUCGUGGGUCUGAGAUGGUGGAACUACGUGGAUGACGAUGGAAAAUCGCACUGGGUCUUCGAAUCCAAGCAGAACCGUGUGAAUCGCAAUGAGAGCCGACUGUUCUGGCUGGGGCUGAUCCUGUGCCCCCUCGUGUGGAGCGGGUUCUUCCUGAUGUGUCUCUUUACCCUCAAGUUCAAAUGGAUGCUCCUCGUACUAAUCGCCCUAACUCUGAGCGGUGCGAACCUAUACGGCUACAUCAAAUGCAAGUUCGGGGCUAAGGAGAACCUGCAGUCAGCCACAACCGACUUCGUGAGGAAACAGAUACUCCAAAACGCAACGUCAUUCAUGUUCGCGCAGCCUUCUCCGCCUAACGCGGCUGGUGGGAACAAUACUGGCGUAGUUUAAGCGGUUUUAGACUGUAAUUGAAAGAAUAUAGGGGUGAUUUUUGCCAUAAAUGUGUUAACAAAGAGAUACAACCAAACGAGACUU